AAAGUAUAUAUAUAUAUUUACCCAUAAAAUGACACAGAAUGAAUCAAUUAUGACAAAGAUACAGAAAGUAGAAAAUAUGUUAAAUGAGUCUAUGUACAAAUUGAAUAUAUUAAAAAAAAGACUCGACACAAAAUUGCUUACAAUGCAGACUCGUGAAGAAUUGGAAACAAAACUGGAAGAAGUUAAACAGGAACUUGAAAAAAAUGAAGAGAAAUUGAAAAAUUUAAGGAGACAGAAUACAAAAUCAUUCAUGUUAGCAGCAAGCUUGAUUUUUGCAUGUUUUUUGCUUUAUGGAUUAUAUUUAAUGUUUUAUGGAACAAUAUAA